GCCGCCUAAUGCACACGCGGGAAGAUCGUCACAAAUUCACUUAUAAAGCCUCACGAGUCACGAUCCAUUUUUUCUUUUCUAAAUCUCAACGUUGCUGUACGAAGAGAAUGGCAGCUCGAUGUUUGCGACCUCGCAUCGCGUCCCGCCUUCGUUCCACCUUGGCAUGAGCCGAUGGCGCCAACCAACUCCCGCCUGCGGCGCCGCAUCUACAUUCCCGUCUUAUGCUCAAUGACGGCGCUCCUCUGGCUCUUCUUCAAGCGACCACCUCCAGCAGGGGAUCUUGUCCCCGAUUAUGGGACUCUGCAUCCGCUUCGCCCCAAACCUUCCCUAGCAAUCGCGACGCUCUUUUGUGGUGAAUCAUAUGACGACGAUUCCUACUUCGACUUCACCCGCGUCCUCACCUACCAACUCCUGCAUGACCCAGCAACCAGCCUCAACGCCUCCAUCCCCUUCCUCAUCCUGGUCUGUCCCGCGGCACCAACAUGGCAAAGGGAGCGUCUCCGUGCCGACGGCGCAACCAUCAUCGAAACCGCCGACCUGAACCUCCCAGGCUGGAUCCACACCGGCGUGACGCGCUGGAAAGACCAGUUCCUGAAGCUCCGCCUCUGGGAAAUGGUGCAGUACGAUAGAAUCCUGUACAUGGACGCCGACACCACGCUGGCGGGCCCCAUCGACAGCAUCUUCGACGAGGAAAUCGUCAAGCUCCCAGCCACCACCCUUCCCUCGAGAAAAGCCGAGAUAAAGGGCGAUGAGGCACCCCUUCCGGCGAAUUAUGUCUUCGCAGCGAGAUCGAACAAUGAAUUUACAGGCCAGAGAGAUCAUCCCUUCCCUCCACCACCAACCACGCUCUUCAGCGCGGGCUUCUGGAUCAUUGCACCGAGCAAAGAGAUGUUUGAUUAUCUGAUGAGUGUUACGGGUCAUAGGAGGAGGUUCAACCCGACGACGAUGGAGCAGAGUUUACUGAAUUAUGCGUUCCGGAGGGAGGGCGCGAUGCCUUGGAUGGAGGUAAAUUAUAGGUGGAGUGCGACGUGGCCGAAUUUGAAGGAUUUGGAGGGAGGCGUGGUGACGUUGCAUGAGAAGUUGCAGUGGGAGGGGCCGGUGGAAUUGCAGGAUUUGUGGAAGGAGAAGAAGAGAAAGAUGGAUGCUUUUUUUGCCGAGAAGAGUUGAGUUGUAUUGAGAGAAACCGGAAACAUAGAAUUCACUGUGCAGGUCUUCUCUUCUUUGGUCUUUUAUGUUUCCCAAAUCUCUAUAUAAGGUGCAGGGAAGACAGUUCUGGCUCGCCAACCUUGUUCCAACCCAUUUCAAGAGAGAGAUUAUUAGCAGCGAAAAAAGUUCAACAAUGUACGAAGACUCUCGGAAAUAGCUGUGUCUAUUUGCCGGCAAAAAAGACGUUUCAGCCCAGGCUUGGCGAUAUUCCACCCUGGA